AUGGAGCAUCACCCUUUCUGCUGUAGCGUGAAAGGCUUUGUGAAGAAGCUGCGGCUGGAUAUUCUCAACUCACUGGUAGCAGCAAUAUUCAUGAUAAUCAUAUCUGUGUUGGCACUGAUACCAGAAACCACGAAAUAUAUGGUCCUUGGAGGGGUGUUCGGCCUCCUGGCGGUGGUGUGCUGCAUCGCGGACGCGGCUCUCAUUUACCGGAAGCUCCUCUUUAACCCAAGCGGUCCCUAUCAGAAAAAAGCGAUUCACGACGAAAUAUAAACUGUGUCACUGUAUAGACCUUCCCAGCAUUAAACACAUCUAUUUUCUCCACGUGGUUCCUGCGGCGGCUUUCACCUUCGUCUCCAUAUGGG